GAUCCAGCCCCGGCUCGCCGCGCCCCACCUGACUCUCCGGUCUUCGGCAGCUGACGGGCCGCUCAGCUCGCUCUCAGGAGGGAUCCUGCGACUCCAACUUUUUGCAAGUCUGGCAAGCGGACCGGCAGACCUGUGGAACCCGCACUGGAACACGGGGGCGACGGACGAUCCCGAAGGCUGCUUACAGCGUUAACCGCACCGGCGGUGGCCGCAGUCCGUCCUACUGAUCGGCUGGGCUUCGCCCCCCGGGUCGCCAGGCCCCGCCCCGAGGUGGAGCUACUCCAGGUCCCGCCCCGCAGAGCACUUCCGGCAGAGGGGAACUUGGGGGCGCCGGAUCAGGUUGUCCGUGGACCCGGUUUGUGGUCGAGGCCCCAUGAGCGCGGCGCCCCUGGUGGGCUACAGCAGCAGCGGUUCGGAGGAUGAAGCGGAGGCCGUCGCCGCGGGGCGGAGCAAGCCGGGAUCUGGACUCCACCGUAGUGGCCAGAACCCCCUUCCCAGUCAGAAGUUUCCAGUGCCUGAGAGCGUGCUGAGCAUGUUCCCCAACACAGAGGAAGGGCCUGAGGAUGACAGUGCAAAGCAUGGAGGUCGUAUCCGAACCUUUCCCCACGAGCGGGGCAACUGGGCCACCCACAUCUACAUACCAUAUGAGGCGAAGGAGGACUUCCGGGAUCUGCUUGACAUGUUGCUGCCCCGAGCUCAGAUGUUCGUACCUCGACUGGUACUGAUGGAGGAGUUCCACCUCAGCCUGUCUCAGAGCGUGGUUCUCCGUCACCACUGGAUCCUCCCCUUUGUGCAGGUGCUCAAAGACCGCAUGGCCUCUUUCCAAAGGUUCUUCUUUACUGCCAACAGGGUAAAGAUUUAUACCAAUCAAGAGAAAACCAGGACCUUCAUUGGGCUCGAGGUCAGUUCAGGGCAUGCCCAGUUCCUGGACCUGGUUUCAGAGGUGGACAGGGCCAUGAAGGAAUUUGACCUCACUACUUUCUACCAGGAUCCUUCAUUUCAUGUCAGUCUGGCCUGGUGUGUGGGUGAUGCUCGUCUCCAGCUGGAGGGACAGUGCCUGCAGGAGCUACAGCUGUCAUCUCCCUACUGCUGGCUGAAGGAAAUCGUGGAUGAGUUUGAAGAUUCUGAGAUGCUGUUACGUGUGCUGGCUAACCAGAUCCGCUGCAAGUCUGGGAACAAAUUCUUCUCAAUGCCUUUGAAGUGAGCCUUGUCCCAUGCCUCUCUACAGGCCCACUGAGAUGGAGGAGCUUGCUGCCGUCUGUGGGAUGCCCCAGCCAGGAGUCCUAAUCACACACUUAGUAUUGCUCACUCUCUCCUGGUCUUUUUGGGUUGUAGGUUGGUUGUAGGUUAUAGGCUGCUACUGUAUUGUGAUCAUUUCCAGAAAUCACCAGUAGAGGGCAGCCCAGACCUCUAAUUCCUCCUCCACGUUCUUAGGAAAGUAAAAUGAGGCUGGCUGGGGAGCCCACCCAUACUCAGUCCCCACCGAAGUCUCUCCACUGCAGUAAUCUAUAUUGAUGCCAUUGGCCAUCAGCCAGUUUUUAAGAUCCUUGCAUUCUGACCCACCUGUGUCAAACUGGGGCUUCCAUGCAUCUGUCAUCCUCUUUUUAAUUUCCUUUAUUUAUCACCUCAUCCCUUCAUCCCAUCCUGUACCAGGAGAGGUCAUUUCAGGGCCAGGGCACAAGGUGCUAAUUUGUGGUCAACUGCAGUUUUCUUCAUUCCUUCCUUCCACUUACCCAGCCAGGUGCCUGGGGAGAGCCCAACAGAUGUUUCAUUUUGGCCUGGCUAUGGCUGCUGGCCAGGCCUCCAACACCCGUGACCCCUGCUUUCCCCCAUCAGCUUUCCCAGAGACACAAAGAGGCAACUUCCCUCCAGCCAGAACAACCCUGCCCCUGUUGCCGAGCAUUCUUUAGGGUGAAUUGGGGGUGGGGAGAGAGCUAGGAGGCAUAGAGGAAUUUGUUUUCCCUCAAGCUCCAAAGGGGCAAAGAACCAAGCCUUUCUAGUUGUCAUGGGGAUUUCUAGUGAUGGAUGAAGAAAUAUUUUUUUACAGUUUCAAAUUAUGUUCAACAAAUAAAAUCUGUCUUUUUAAUGUGG